CAACGACCUGCCAGAGUGGGUCCGAUACGCUGCUAGGUUGACACAUCUUUGAGUCGGGAAGCAAAUCCAACGUGCGAGAGGCAAGAUGGAGGGCAUCGAAGACAGCCGCUCUGAUGCGGGAUGCAAAAACCUUCCGGUGUAGCGUCUAGUCACGAGGAAGACAAUGAUUCGAUGAAAGACGAGGAUGAGGAAUCGGACGAAGAGUGGGAACUGGACAGUGACGAUGACUCCGACGACCACAUCGACGAAGACGUCCUUGCAGUGGAGGACCUGGCAGUAGGCAUGGGCAUAACUAGAAAAAUGCCGCAGCUCGUUAAGACUGUCCAUUGCGCCAUGUGCAACAAAGCCACAUCGCUAGGCUGUCCAACCUAUCGAUCCAUCAACUACUGCUCCGAAGCAUGCCAGAAAGACGACUGGCCGGCUCACGAGCUCCUAUGGCAGAACUUCGUGGAUCAGAAGCCUCAGAAACACGCGCUCUCUGUGAGAGCAAUCUACUUCCCGUAUUCUGGACUAUCGCCCAAGAUGGUUUGGCUUCCGUUCGAAGAAGUCAAGAGAGAGGAGGGCAAUCGGCGCGAUCAGUGGCCACUAUUCGAAUCGGUUCGUGGAGCCGACGUUGAAUAUGGAAAUAUUUUCAUCAUCAGCAAGAGCAAGGUCCUUAGACGAAAGCUACCACACGUGAUCAAGGUGGUCCGUGAUGAUGAAUGGAUCGGUCGCCCCAUGCGCAACGAGUCUAUCCGGUGA